AACGGCCCCGCAGCGCCCCCUGGUGGCCGGCAGGCAGCCAGCCGUGUGAUGAGGGGGCUCCAGUUACGGGACAGCAGCCGGUCUCUGGUGAUGAAUGGAGACCUGUGAACAAUAACACCUCGGUGGUUCAGACGUUAUUCGCAUUGCUCCACACCAGAGGGGGAACUCUUCCAUCAGUUCGCCUCAGGCUCGCAGGAAAGAAACCGACUCCUGCAUUAGUUACGCCGGCGGUUUGUGUUCCUCUCCGUCAUGGCGAUUGCCCACGUAGCGACGGAGUACAUGUUCUCCGACUUUUUGCUGAAGGACCAGUCCACGGAGGCCAAGUACAAGGGGCUGCGUGCGGAGCUGGCGGUGGACAAAAUAGUGACGGUGCUGGUGGUGGGGCUGCCUCUGUUCCUCAUCUCGCUCGCCUUCGCUCAGGAGGUGUCAGUGGGUACACAGAUCAGCUGCUUCGCUCCCACUAACUUCUCCUGGAGACAGGCCGCAUACGUGGACUCUUUCUGUUGGGCUGCAGUGCAGCAACAGGCUGACAGUUCUCCACUAUGGCUGCACAAGUUCUUUCCAUACAUCCUGCUCUUACUGGCCAUCCUCAUGUACAUCCCAGCCCUGUUUUGGCGUUUCACUGCGGCUCCGCACCUCUCCUCUGACCUCAACUUCAUCAUGGAGGAGCUCGAUCGCUUUUACAACCGUGCCAUCAGACUGGCAAAGAAUCUGGCUUCCAGCAAGGAAGUGCAAGAGGACAACCAGAGUGCUUUGGAUGUGACUGAGGCCUGCUUCAAGUACCCUUUGGUGGAGCAGUAUCUGAAGACCAAGCGCUUCUCUCACUGCCUUGUGGUGAAGUACCUGGUCUGCCGGGGCCUGACCCUGCUGAUCCUCCUGAUGGCCUGCCUUUACCUCGGCUACUACAUCCAACUGGCCUCCUUAACCGACGAGUUCUCCUGUGACCUGCGGACAGGAAUCCUGAAGAACAACAGCAUGGUGCCGGCCGCUGUCCAGUGCAAGCUCGUAGCAGUGGGCGUCUUCAGACUGCUCAGCUACAUCAACCUGGUGGUGUACGUGCUUCUCGCUCCGCUGGUGGUGUACGCUGCUCUGGGCCCGGCACGCCAGAGCUCCGACUUCCUCCGGCCUUAUGAGAUUCUGCCUGGGUUUGGUGCUUUGGGUGUGGUCACGCCAUUCUAUAACGACCUCAGUAUCUAUCUGCUGUUCCUGCAGGAGAACCUGAGUGAACUCAAAUCCUUUAAGUGUCUGCAGGUGCUAGAGUUAUUGCAAGAGGCAGGUGAGGAGGGGUUUGACUCCAUGUGCCUGCUGAGAACUCUGGGUCAGGUGAAGUCUGACGUUUUAGACAGUAAGAGGACGUGCGAAAAGACGUGUGCACGCAAGGACACCAAGAACACUACUAAGGCUGAAGCAUGAUUCUGAAGUAACUGACGCGAUGAGGAUGAGCCCUGCCUCGAUGGAAAAGAAGAAGCGGGAGUUAAACUUGUGCACUUACUUUAAUCUGAACUGCUGGUGGUGUUUUAACCUACAAAAGUGUAAUCCACAUGAAGAAACACAUUUUGUAGUUUUGGCCAAGAGACCUUACUUUUACCUCUUAGAUGUCGUAUUUUUUAUAGUUAUGAAUAGUCCUGAUGACAAGUUACUCAGGUCUGAGAUAACCCUUUUUUCUGAAACGAAAUUCCUGGGUUUUAAUGUUUGUCUUUGCUAUAUGUUACCUUUCUCAGGAUCUGAAAUUCCUUCCAGUCAUUAUAUACAGUAAAAGCCAUUUUCCUUGGAAAUAAUUUUCCAGCUGCAAAAGCCUUCUUCCUGGGCUUUAUGGUAAAAUUUGACUGCUGGUGGUGCUUUAACCUACAUAAGUGUAAUCCAUAGGAAAAAACCCAUUUAGUAGUUUUGGCAAACAGACGUUUCUUUUAUCUGUGUCGUAUUUUUUAAUAUAUGUGAAUGUGUUAUGGACCCGGGAAGCCUUGCAGUACAAAGAAUCCAGUGACCCAAAAAUGGACAUCGCAGGCAUCCAGGUACGAACAGGCAGGAAGUGAAACAUCUUCUCCGCAGUUGCCAAAAGGCAAUUGUUGACCGCGUAGCCACGGCCAUCAACAACACCAGCUGAAGAAAAUUACCUUCCUAAGAGCCGGAGAAAAACCCUACCCACAACCUGGAUUGACGGCGGGCCUCCUCACCACAGCCAAUGACUGGUGUAUGGAAGUGGACCUGGGCAAACAACUUAAGUUUCCAGCUGGUAUAACACCAUCACGGCUGCGGCCAGACACUAGCUGUGUCUCAAUUCAGGGGCCACAUCCUUCGGAGGACCCGGCUGAUUUCAGCUGCAUGCUUCAUCGGCCUCGUAGACCGCGUCGGCCGAACCGAAAUGAGACGGUCUGGUCUUCUUUAAGCCUCUGAAGGAUGCGGCCCUCGAAUUGAGACACAGCUAUGAUCAUUGUUUCAGACCCCACCAAGCAACUGAUCAUGCUGGAACUAACAGUGCCCUGGGAAGAGCUUUUGGAGGAGGCCCAUGAGAGGAAGCGUGCCAAGUACGAGGAGCCGGUGGGUACGUGUGGAAGGAAAGGCUGGUGAACCUGUGGAGGUGGGCUGCCAGGGUUUUGCAGGGCAUUCACUCUGCUGGGCAAGACAGGGAAGGAGAAAAGGAGAGCCAUAAAAUCUGUAACCAAGCUGGGGUCUGAUCCAGCCUGGCUGGGUCGCCAAGGAGGGGUGUGUAUGAUGUUGAAAAACCCGAUGACCCCAGGUAACAUCUCUGACGAUGUGUCCCAGUGCAUUCACUACAUGUAUCUUUCACCUGAAUAGUUCAGAGGACAAGUUACUCAGGUCUGAGGCAACCCUUUUUUUUCUGAAAGGAAAUUCUUUGCUGUUGCUGGUGUUGUUUUAACCUACAAGUGGAAUCCAUGGGAAAAAAACGUAUUUUAAAUUUAGUAGUUUUGGCCAACAGACGUUAAUAAAAUUAGAAAAGUUUCCGAGCACUUGGUUUACGUGUGUUUAUAGUUUAGGAGGAAAAUAAAAACCUGUAAUGACUGGUGAACUUUGAUCCAUCCAAAGUAGCCUUACAAAUUGGUAGAAGCACUGGAGAGCAUUUGUUUGGACUGUGAUUAUUUAUGUGUAAAUGUGACGUGAACAAUAGCGGUUACUGACCCUGUUGUAUAAGGGUCCAUAUACAAAUAAAGAAUGUUUUUUUUCCAAUUAAA